AUGUCCUCACCCUUUCUCGAUGAUCAGGGUAAUUCAAUUGCCCAGGAGCAUGUCCUCGGAAAUGGGAACACGGCGGUCGUUCUCCUUCAAAACGGUGUGGCCGUUAAAGUCCCCUUAAUAUAUCCUUGGAGCUCAGACUCCGAUGUGGAAGUGAACACCGAGAGCAUUAGACGCGAGCAGGAUGUUUACCGUCGCCUGCAAAACCCCGGAGAUCACCGUUCUAGUGGUAUUGUCCGUUGCAUCGGGUUUUCAACCGAAGCCACUCAACUUGCUUAUAUGGCUAACGGAGAUCUUCGGGCUUAUCUUAAAACAUAUCGUCCUUCGUUUGAACUCCAACUCACAUGGUUUCAUGAGAUGGCUGGGACACUCGCCUAUAUUCAUGACAGAUGUGUGCUUGUCGCAGACAUCGCUAGCCGAAAUUUCCUUCUCGAUUCCGAUCUAUCUCUCAAAUUUUGCGAUUUCUCCGAAGCCUCUCUGUUUUCAUUAGAUUCCGACAUGCAGUCUGUGGAUGAUAAUGGCUACACGACUCAAGUUGAUAUUGGCCUUCUUGGCGCAGUUAUGUAUGAAAUUGUCACGGGCAACAAGUGUGAAAUCGACCUUUACAAGGAUAACUCUCCCACCGAUGGCCGAGCUUACUGGCCAGAAAGGAAAUAUCUACCAAGCACACAAGGUAUCUGGCUUGGUUGCAUCAUUGAAGAUUGCUGGAAUGGCAAUUUUCGCAGCGCCCACGGUCUAUUGCAGGCCUUGGAAUCCAUCGAUUUACCCUUCUCAUCUCCUAUCAGUCAAACACCAUCGACUCGCUUCCUUCUCUCAAUCAAGGAUUCUAUAAGAGGGCGGCCGAUCACAGCAAUCAUUGGUGUACUGAGCCUGGCAAUAUGUGGUCUGAUCAUCGGCAGAAGGAAGUAG